CUCCAACUCAUUUGAUUUGAACUUGUGAAAAAGUGAAGUUUGAGAAUAUUAGAGAAAUUAUAUUCUAAGAAAUGCAACAUUAUUCUGGUAUAUUUUUAUUAUUUCUCAUUGGUAUUUCAAUAUCACUCACUUCUAAAUAUAAAGUCAGAAUUGGCAGCGUGAAAAUUUCAGAUCACAAUGGACUUAAAUGUGACAAACUCUCUUGCCCUCCGGACACAGAAUACUGUGUGGUUACCAUUGUUGAUGCAGAAAACAAACGGGAUUUAAAUCGUAAAAAUUAUUGCCAUGCAGAAGAUGAUUCUAUUUUAGAAAUGCUUGAAGAACACAAACGAUAUACUUCCAAUGACCACACACCAUUUCAUUUGAAGUAUUGUAGAGACGGAAGAACAGACGUCACAGGUACUGGAAUUCAAAUUCAUUCAAAAUUUUAAUUAUAACAGUAAAAUCAAUUUUGUAAUUGUCCACGAUCGAUGCAAUACAAAAAGUCUUGCAAUUACGUUAAAUGUAAAUUU